AUGGACAAUAACAAAAGGCUGCUUUUGCAGCACUAUCAACCUAAAAUUAUCAAAGAUCUAGAAGUGGAGUUCAUAAUCGACGAACUUUUUUCGAAGCAUGCAAUAUCGAAAAUGCAAAGACCACCCGCACAGAUCGCGCUCGGUACCUCAUUGAUUUGCUUCUACAGAGUGGCACCAAUGCCUCGUAUGAAGCUUUCGUUGACAGCCUAGCUAAGAACUAUAACUGGCUUUGGAGCAAGCUAUCAGUGGACAACAACGAACCCGUCAUGAAUGAGAGCUUUGAAGACAGCCUUAGCAGAGGCAACGUGCCGCGGUUGCCCGAUCAUUAUGUCAAAAGAACAGAUUUGGAAUCAAAAGUAACUCAGAAAUUGAUGCAGCUCACACGCCACAAAAUUCUUGUUUUACAUGGCAUGUCCGGAUCUGGCAAGACCUCUUUAGUUAUCAGCGUUCUCCGGCACAACUCGGAUCUGAUCAAUAACAACUUUAAUGGCUCUGUUUUCUGGUUUAACUUGAGCAACUGCAAAACUGAGGAUGAUAUUGUGACACAGCAAAACUUAUUGUAUCGAAAAGCUUCAUCGAUAUAUACGCGUAACUCUCAUAUGAAUUCCACUAUGUCGAUGUCGAGUUUUGGUUCUAAUCUCGAUGCCCAUUCGUUGUCGAGUUACGAGUGGAAGUGGCAAGAUCUCCGGGAUAGAUUGAUUUCUCAGUUCUCCGAGCCAGUGCUACGAGACGCGUUACUUGUGCUUGAUGAAGUGAACGAGAAACUAUGCGUGGAAGCAUUCGAUAUCGGUUGCAAGAUUUUGAUAACUACUAGGGAUUCUGAGGUGGUUGCCAACCUGCAACCGCAUAUUAUAGAAAUUGAAAAUAGUCUAGAUGAGAAAGAGACCUUGAAAUUAUUGGCGUCGUAUCUAGACGUAGAAGUGCGACAGUUACCUGAGCAAGCAAAGAAGUUCCAUCACGCUUGCAAAGGCAGUCCAUUCAACUUAUCAUUGAUUGGUGCUCAGUUAGCGGAAAGUAAGGAGAAACUUUUGCAUGACAAUAAACACUGGAACUCUUUUUUAAAGAAGCUGGAGAAGAAAGAUUUCCUUAAAUACUGGAAAUCAAAUUACAAUCCAAUGAAAACUAUUGAAGUUUGCGUCAUAUCUCUAACGGCGGACAUUUUGUCACUUUUCAAGAUGCUCGCUAUAUUACCCGCAGACAACGUGAAAGUAUCCGCUAGAGUUCUCAGCAAACUGUGGAACAAGGAGGUUAGCGACGUAGAAAGUAUAAUGAAGAAAUUGCGCAGUAAAUCAUUGAUUAUUGAAACAUACGAUCAUGAACAGAGGAACUACAUAUACGAAGUGCACGAUCUCAUUAUGAACUAUUUAAGAUCACAAGUGCCGGAGGAGGAACAGAGAAGGCUGCACAGCAAUUUUCUGAAAAGUUACCACUACGACAAUAACAACCCACCUCUUGAAAUUAUCGAUGACGGCUACAUAGCCUUUUAUGUGGGUUACCAUAUCCUUAGCACAAUCAACUUGAACGAUAGAUGGAAACUCUUCAACAAGUUGUAUUUGGAUCUUAAGUUUAUUGGUAACAAAGUGAGGCUUACUGGACCCGCUGAUGUUAUAUUGGAUCUACAGAAAUAUGAAAACUACAUUGUGAAAGAUGACCUCGAUUUUGAUCUCCUAAAUAGAAUAAAAGCUUACCUCAGUACCCACGGCAUUGACCUAUACCGUUAUCCUUAUACGGAUAUUGUUCAAAGUAUACUUCAGCACGAAUCCCAAGGCUUGCUGUAUACGAAAGCAUCGGAAAUCGCUCAAAAGAAUUGCUCAAAAAAUGAACUGUACUUCGAAUUUACACACGAACAAGACGUAGAAGAAGUAAGACAUUCCACUGUAGAUGUUAAGGAAAUGAUUACAUCUGUUUGUUUUCUCGGUGACUAUGUGCUAGCUGGUACUGUAACUGGUGUUAUAAAGUUCUUCCACAUCCCUACGAAUAAGCUCAAAAAAGAGGUAUCCGGAACAGGUACUUCAAUAAAAUGGAUUGGAGCAUGUCCCAAUCAUCCGCCUCAAGUGGCCGCGCUCACUAACGACGGAUCUAUCAUACUAUGGUACAUUGAUGGGUUGGAACAUGACGAAACGGACGAUAUCAUCGAAGAAGAAUCUGAAGAACUAUGUAACAAUAAUUAUCCAAGCAACUACACUAUUGCACCAAAAAUGGGUGCAUUCAUCAACUGCCGAUGGUCUAACAAUGAGGAAACUUUGAUAACUCACACAACAAAGAUGAUAAUUAUAUACAAUUAUGAUGGAAAAGUAUUAAAGGUUUUCGAUAAUUUUGAUAAAGAACAAGAUAUACUGUACGCUAUUCCGUGCAAUAACGAUAGAUAUAUAAUAGCGGCUGUAGUGAACAACGGAAAUAACAGUCUAAUAAUUAUAGAUAAGAUUAGCAAAGAGAAAAUCAUGUGUCUUGAUGAGACUGACACUGUGCUGAAUAUUUUGACUGUUCCUGGAAGUAAUAGAAUCGUAACACUAAAAUCAAACGAGAUAACAGUACAUGAGUACAGGAUAAAUUAUCACAGCAACUGCCACACUUGUAGAUGCAACAAUAUACUCUCCGCCAAAGACAUAAAGGACAAUUUGCUAUUCCUCGCUAUAGCCGUAAACAAAACGGGGACUCUGUUAUUCGUGGCGACAGAUGACAGCCGAAUAAUCUGCGUUGAUCUCAAAACUAAUUUGCGUGCGUUCGACCUUGAAAAUCGACGUGGUAACGUUAUAUGUAUGGACGUGAGUGAAGUGGCCUUGUGGAACGACUUCGAGCCAGGAUCGGACGUGUUGUUGACAGGCACUGGCACAGUAGAGAACUGUAUGAAAGUAUGGAACUUGGACGCUUCAUAUGUAUUGCAGACCACACAGAAGAACAGUAAAGUUCGCUUGACUAAGAAGUUCGAUGUCAGUUUUUUGAACCACCAAUCGCCACAAAGUCCAAGCACGUCGGCUUCGAGCAGCAUACAGAGUGUCACAAACUCCCCUCGUCGCCAUCAGUCUUUUGUCAAUCAUACUGAAGCGCCUAAAAGGCCAAUUGUUUCAAGUUUAAGCUUAGAUAGACACGCAUUAAAACCUCUAAACUUGAAAGGGAUUUGUAAUAACAAUGAUGGAACGUACCAACCUCUGCUCGCUGUCGUUGAUGAUAAAAAUAAUAUACAGGUAAUGCGUGGCAGGAAAAUUCUGACAGAAAUAACUACACAUCCAGAUGAAAAAGUAACCACAGUUCAGAUUUCGCCUUGUAACCAUUAUGUUAUCUAUGGAUUAUACUCGGGAAGCGUAAAAAGAUACGCGCUUCGCUCCAAAGAGACUAAAGUAAUCAUAGACAUGUAUGAUCCAGUGCAGUAUUUGAAUUUCGUCAACCCGCAUUUGUUGAUAGCGGGCAGUAAGAAUUGCUGCCUUAUGGCAUAUAGACUUAUGGGCGAUGGAACGUGGAAGACUGAUAUGAUGCAGCGUGGCAGGACCAAUUUAGGAUCCACAGAAAUAAUAAAUGAUUUACAAGGUGUAAAAAAGAAGAGUUCGACGACUAUACAGUCGGAACAAAUGUCUAGUUCUGGCAGCGAAAACAGCCUCAACUCUAAGCACAGAGUAUUCUACAACGGUGAUAGUAUAGGAAAAUCGCGACAAUACAGCGGUCUCGUGGAAUGCUUUUGGCUGAAAGAUACAGGUCUUCUUACUGUCGAAAGUAAUGCGGUAGUCAAACUGUGGGAUGCAGACGUGAAAUUGGUCAGUGUGCUAAACGCCCGACAGCCUGAUGUGUAUGUAACAUGUGCAGCAUACCAGAAGAAUAUUCUUGUAAUAUGUGACGGGUGCAAGACUUCUUUCCAGACAUAUGAACUGAAACAGGGUGAACAUUUGGAACUGACACUAAUACAAGAUUAUAGGUUAAAUAACAGAAUAAUUUCAUGCGAUCUGACAGCGGAUGGAUUGGUGCUUGCUAUGGGAUUAGAAUCGGGGGAAGUUGUGAUAUGGAAUGUGCCACGAAAAAGUCAAAUAAGGUUGCUUAGUCAUCACAAGAACGCUGUCCAAUGGUGUGCUUUCUCACCCGUUCCGGACAAAUUGUUCCGUUCUACCCUCAGUUCCCCGUCGCCGUUUAACCAAGCUACAAAUGUUGAGAGUACGGAUGAUGACAGUCCACCAUUGGUCCUCAUCACAAUGGCUUCGGAAAUCGUUUGGUGGAAUGUCUCCUAUAUACUAAAGAUUCGGGCGAAUAAAAGCUAUUGGAGAACAGGCCGUAAUGUGAUGACUCCAUUGGCUAGUCCGAUUGAUGGCAAAAGCGACUUAACGGAAUCCAUGGAAGGGUUAAGGCUGGGCUCGUCCGGCAACAAUUUCUUUUUUGGAAACGGUGUAUCUAAUACACAAGAAUGUUGGAAGGCUAUUUGGAAAAGUAAAAAGUAUAAAGAAGGCUCAAAGAAGAAAGAAAUAUUGUCUUGCAUCAAACUAUCAGGUAUAUACGCCAAGAAGUUUUCUCAUGACGAUAAGUUUUCUUGUUUCGUCACCGUCGACAAUUCCGGCCAUGUUUACAUCAUGAAUGUCAUGAAAUCAUAA